GAAAGCUUUCAGAUGGUGGAGAAAGAAAGAGAUGCAGCAGACGCGCGGGCAGCAGAGUUGGAAGCGAUGGUGAAACGUCUGCAGUCCCAAGUCUCAAGUUUCGCGCAAGUUGUGAAGGACACUGUCCCGGAUCAGGACGAAGUCGAGGAGCCCACCGAAAACAAUGAAAAUGGAGGCGAUGUUGCAGAGGCGGAAGCACCAAAGGACGAAUUGACCGCAGAAACAGCUGCAGCACCUGCUGAGGAGCCAGCAGCAGCAAAGGAAGAGGUUGCCGAAGAAACAGCUGCAGCACCUGCUGAAGAGCCAGCAGCACCAGAAGAAGAGGCAGCCGAAGCAACGGAAGAAGCCGCAGCCGCUGAGGAGCCAGCAGCACCAGAGGAAGAGGCAGCCGAAAAAACAGCUGCAGCACCUGCUGAGGAGCCAGCAGCACCAAAGGAAGAGGCAGCCGAAGCAACGCAAGAAGCUGCAGCACCUGCUGAGGAGCCAGCACCA